GCUCCGAAACGAAAGCACAGAAUCAUUACCACGCCAGACCUCGAGGAGUACAGACGUGUUUCUCGUUACCUAAGCUCAGUCGAGAGUUCUCGUGUUGCUUCGCUUUCUCACUUGCGCCCUUCACGCGUGUUGAUAGUCCGCGCCGCAGAGGACAGACCAGAAGCGUGUUACAUCCGUCGAUCCGUGUGCCGUGCGCGAAUUUGAACGAAACGGAAAGAAAAAUAGAAACGACACGAGAGACAGAGAGAGAUCGUUUGCUGAUUUCUUCGAAGUUUCGUAUUGUGCACCAGCCACCGAGUGAGAGUAAAUCGAAUCGAGCCGACUCUCGCGAUCAGUGCAUCGUGUGCCGUGCUUUCCGCGAGAACAUUGAACUCCGGUGCCGUGUGUCCCACGCGAGACGUUCUCCAAUAUUGUCAUCCGGUGUUCUCUGUCGAGGAGCAAAGAUCGCUUCUAGAUUCUCAGCGAUCGCGUCGUCGACGGAUCGUCUAACGAAUUCGGCGAACGUAAAGUCACCGCGGUUAUCAGCACCUAUGGAAAGUGAUCCAUUCGAGGAUCCACCUUACAGACGUUGCAGACGACGUUGUUGAGAGACUUGGGACAGAGAACGGGAAGGGUGCUCGCUGUUGUGACAUUUCGGGGCGUCGAUUCUCGCCAAGUUGGCGCGGUGCUCGUGGACCACGUGCGUUUUCUACGGGCAAUCCGUGGCGGCGAUAGAUUUGUCGGUAGUCGCGGCGGCGAACAUUGGAGCGUGCGCCGUCGAAAUCGUGGGCCACGUGUGUGCCAACGAAAAUACGUUUACGCGUCGAAUAAGUCCUUUCGACCAGCGGGUUAAGCCCACUUGAUCGUUGCCGAUUUUCUCGAUAAAAACGCGAGAUAGACGUUGUUCCGUUGUGCGUGCGAGAGUAAAUUGAAGUGGUCAGUGUCUAAUCCACGGACACUGGUUCGAUUGCAGUGGCCAAUUCGCUAAAAUCAAGAAGAGGGUGGAAGCAAAACGGCGUUGAACAACUCAUCCACUACGACGAGCACCUGCCAACAGGAAGAUGGCGAUUCCAUUCUCGUUGCCGACAGACAACGACGCCGAGGUCCGGGGUGAACAACUGGAGCAGCUAAUGCUCGACCUCUACGCGGCCCUCCAACAGGUCCUCCGAAGCAGGACCGUCCACCAUCCAUCGCGAAAUCAUCGACUGCCACGGAGAGCUGGGGACAAUUUCGGAUCUCGGGAUCAUCCUGUGGUCUUGGUAGACUCCGAUCUGUCGAGACUCACGCUCCCAGAUCUCGUACUGUCCGCCGUCGAACAACUUCCGGCCACGGCUCCCCAAGUGACCGUGUCGGCGCCGAGCAGCCCGACCAGAGAUGCCGCAUUUCAAUUUCCGGAAUGCAACACCGACGAUGCACCGGUUCCGAGCCCGAGACCAAGGCCGCGAAGACGCAGAAUCGCGUCAGAGAGCGGCGGCGCCGCGGCCAUGAAGAAGGCACCCGCCGCGGAGAUUUGCAACAGCUGUUGCGCCCACUUCGAGAACCAGUGGGUGAACGUCGGAGCCAACCUGAGGACCAUCGCCGACGACUUUCAUGCGUCCAAGACCAAGGCCGCCGAAAUUGAGAAGUCUCGACUGCCAGCGUUGAACUCCGGAUUCGCGAACACCACCAACACCGGCGGAUCCACGGACAGCAUCCUGUCGUUGUUGAUUCCGGCGCCGCUCCGCGAGACUCUGUGGACGACAGUGGCUCUUUACCUCGGCUGGAGGCUGGUGUCGCGUCUGCGAUAGAUGUUGGAGUCCCAUCGUAUCGUCGUCACCGGCGACGAAGACGAUGCCAGAGCCAGAAGUGUGGUGAUCGACGCCUGGAACGGCACCCUGAACGGCCGUCGCGACGACGCGUCGCCUGGUGGGCCGGCAGGUCCUUCCAGCACUUCGGGGAAUCCUCUUCAAGGUUGUAAAGGAGGUUCUUCGAAGAUCUCUGCCACGGCCGAAGGAGUCGCGGGCGAAUGUAACGUUCGAACGCCAUCCGUGGCUGAAUCGAACGAUUUGCGCGGGAGGACGUCUUGUCGCGCCGAGAAUGGACAAGAUCUUCAUUUCGAUUACGUAUUUUCUUUGUGUAUAUGCAUUAUGCGCCUUGCGGUCGAGAUUGCACUCGUGCCGUUUCGCCUCUGGCCCUUAGAGUGUGACUCUUCGGAUUGCGAGACGGACGAGGACGACGAAGAAGACGAAGAAUACGGCGAAGGUGCCACAGGCAAAGUUAGAUACAGAGGCAUGACCGACGACGAGGACGAUGAAAACGGGAACGCAUCGGCUACUCGCCCGUCCCAGAGUCACUAUUACCUGAUGCCAAUUACCAUUUGAUGUUUCCUAUAAGCGCAUCGAUGAUCGAGGAACAACGAUCGCUGCGAUCGUCGGUUGCUCUGACCUAGGGACGAUCGAAAGCGCGAUCCUCGUCGUCGGUCCCAUCCGAUCCGCGAGGGAAGGAAUCGACUCGAGGGAACCUCCCGUCAGAGUCGACCCGUGGGUUCGAGGUUUCGCUCGUGUCACCGAUCUUGCGACGAUCCAACUGUGUUGGUGGGGGACCUGCAGAGGCGGUUAAAAGCAUUGUCCUAAUGUCGUUAAGCGGUCCGGCUAGGCCCAUGCAUUUUCGUUGACGGGGUUCUUCGCCAUACUCGCUAGUCGAUGGCACGAGCGUGCUCUCCCUAAACACGGGCCAAAUACUCUGAAAAAUUCUAAACAACGAACGAAAGUCUUUAUUAACUCUAUGAUUCGAUACUAAAUUUAAAAUUAACGCCAAAUUUAUGAUAGCCUAUCCGAACGUGAACUCGAUCGAAAGAAUAUCAACCCCAUCUUUUUAUUCUAGAAGCAAACGUUUCGUUCUUUAUUUGCUCUUUAACGAUUCGAAUCUAACCAAAUUUUGCAAAUUACCGCCUCAAUCAGGAAGCCCAGAUAUUCGGGAGUCCAACAGCAUUUUGACGAAAGUAGCGACUGAGAGUGUCGUUUCUGGAAACAUUUCCCCUGGGGUCGAUUCCUUCGCUCGCAAGACCUAAAGGCUCCUUGUUCGCGAUCUAUCGCGAUUCGAGCGCUGAAAGGUCGAUCGACGCGAGACGCAGUCUGGGGCCGAGUCCACGUGCAGUCUCGAUCGCAGCGGAAUCAUCAUCGAAACCGACGUUUCGACCGAUCGUUCGGCUUCCUGUCGCAGGGUAGGCGACGAUCGUCAGGUAAUCGAGGUUCAAGGGUGGCGAUCGGGUCGCGACGCGGGUCUUUAGGUGAGGGGGAGCAUCCAAAAUAAUAUCCAAAGAGGAUAUCUAUAUAACCGAAUAAUCAAAUGUUGAUCUCAUUACGGAUAUAAAAUAAAGAGAAUUAAAUAAAGUAGUGUGAUUGCGGGAACGGGACAGAUAGAGCGUCGUUAUUCUUAUCUCCGUUUUAUUGCUGUUCGUUCUUUCUCACGAUUCUUUUUCAUCGUCAUUUAUUUUCUUGUUUUGAGGAAACACCUAUCUGUCCCGUUGCCGUCGGUAGGAAGUAUAUCGACGUGCUUGUAGAUAACGCGAUUACCUAGCCGCUACGGGCUAGCAGAACUCUAUCUGAGAUAUAAUGACGCCGUGCCACGUCGUCUCGCGAACGGUCGAAAGGUGCGCGAUGUCCGAAAGGUAGGGUUAACGUGGAUUGGACCACAUGCCGGACCGUGGAGGUCGUCGAAAUUCUUCUCGCUGUUGAAGCGUUCAACGGGGAAGGUUCGACAAGAACUCCGAGAUCGAGGUAUUCGAGGCUCGAUGUCAGAUCGACUUCUCGAUUUUUGGGUACUUAGGCUGCGUUCUCGCGUGGUAUUAAAUCGUUGCUUUUAUCGGUUUGACAGAGGUGAUAUUCGCUGCCUUGGAUGUCACGUUGUCUUAGGAUUCUGAUCGAUUCUCAGGUAACACGAAAUCAAAUUUGAUUUUUUAUAUUAAUUAUUUGACAGCUUCGAUCCUUGGAAUAAUAUUAUACUAUUCGUAUCUUCGUGAGUAUACUUCGCGAGUAUUUUUUAAAUAUCGGAACAUGGAAAAGUAAUUAAUUAUAGAUAGUUUUUUUUUUCAUUUUCAGAUCUACAUAUGUUUUAUUUAUUUUAUUCUGUCUUAAUACUUUGCCUCUCGUCAGAAUUUGCAUUAUUGUACGUUAGAUAUGCUUUCACUUCAGAUGGUGACGAAUGUGUUAGAAAACUGCGUGUAGACAUCAGCAAAAGAUGUCCCUCUGUCACGACUGAAAAAUGCCACGAUUUCAAGUCACGUGAACGCAUGCCUGUAAUGUUGGAAGCUGAUGCGAUGGGACCCGAGGUGGUGCCACCAGGUAAGGACAACGGCUCUCGUCUCUAACGUAGGUCUCUAUGAUCUCUGACUUUUAUAAAACUUGGUGCAUGGAUGAAACAUGCAUAGACACAUGUUUUUCGUAAUCGAUAAAUAUUCAUGUUUAGGGUGGUGAAAACUAUCCUCUAUCCUAAGUUGGAAAUAAAAAAUCGCACCACUGUUAGAUUGGCUAUUACAAAAAAUUAAAGGAAAUUAAAAAAAUAUCUAAUUUUCUAAAUAUUUAGAGACAGUUAAAAAAAUGCAUUGAACAAGCAUCUCUCUAAAAUUAAAGUUACUACAUUUAUUUUAAGAUUCCUUUUAAGAUUGCAGUCUUACAUUCGGAUUACUCGAGCAAAAUAAUAUUUAUAAUUGAAUUAUAACCAAUGUGCUUCGUUCACUACUCCAAGGGUGAUUUUCAUCCCUUCAAAAUAUAUCCGCAUGUAAAAAAAUAUCUGUGCACGAAGUUUCGUAAAAAUCGACCUGCAGUUAGCUAGAUUUGACUAUUCUUGUCAAUGGCCAGCUAGGUUCGCUCCUCUCAGUUCCCAACAGUGGUCCCGUUGUGUGAGUGCGCGAUCGUGGACUAGGAUCGGGAUCGCCAGGCGUCCAUGGUGGCGGUUGAGUCGUUUGUACAUAGAUAGUAUUUCGCGGGAGGGAGUUUUCUCAGUGUAUUCCAUAAAAAAAAAAAUGAAAAAAAAAUGAAAAAAAAAUGAAAAAAAUAA